UGCCGGGCCGCCCCCGCCCCCGCCCCGGCCCCGGCCCCGGCCCCGCCGCCCCCCGCCGCCGCCGCCGCCGGCGGAGCCAUGCGCCCCGCGCCGCUGCUCGGGCUCCUGCUCUGGGCGCCGCUGCUCUGGGCGCCGCCGCCGCCGGUGCGCGGCCUCCGCCACGGCGUCCACUGGAACGGCAGCAACCCCAGGUUCCUGCGGGACGACUACACCAUCCAGGUGGCCAUCAAUGACUACCUGGACAUCUACUGCCCGCACUACGAGGGGGCCGUGCCCGCCGGCCGGGCAGAGACCUUCACGCUCUUCAUGGUGGACCGGGAGGGCUACCGCGGCUGCUACGAGACCCCCGGUGCCUUCAAGCGCUGGGAGUGCAACCGGCCCCAGGCACCCUUCGGGCCCGUCCGCUUCUCGGAGAAGAUCCAGCGCUUCACUCCCUUCUCGCUCGGCUUCGAGUUCCAGCCAGGGGAGACCUAUUACUACAUCUCCGUCCCUAGCCCUGAGAGCGCCGGGCGCUGCUUGAAGCUGCGUGUCUCCGUCUGCUGCAGAAGCACCACGCCGGAGCCCGUGACGGAGGUUCCCAAUUCGCAGCCUCGUGGGCGCGGGGGGCCAGAAGAUGUGGUGCCUGCCCAGGGCAUCGCAGCCCCGCUGCAGCCCCGCUCCCAGUGCCUGGCGCUUAUGCUCGUCACCCUGCUCUGGAUCUGACACUCGGCGCUGCCCACGGCGGGGAAAUGGGCUCCUCUGCCCUACUGCCCGCUUCCAGACUCUUCCUCCGCCACCAUCCCCCUGUCCCCCACCCAAGCCCAUGGGGCAGCCCCGGGCCACAACUCACCCGCCGGACCCCUACGGAGCCAAACCGGGGCCAGGAGCUCCAGGCUGGAAGGGACCUCACUUCACCAUAGCAGCCCCACCAGCCACCCUGCCCUGGUGCUGGGCUCCCACAGCUCGGCGGAUGCCUGCUCUGCCCCAGGGCCGUCGCCUCGUCGUGUGCCUUCCCCUGUGGACCCUCUGCCAUGGGGGACUGGGAACCCCUAGGCCCUGGAGUGGGGUGGCAGCUCCUCCGGGCGCCGGAUGGAGGCAGGCGCCCGGCCCCUCCACUGCCUUGUCCUCCGGCGAGGACACACCGAUCUGUCUUCUGGGAAGACGCCCUCCUCCAUGCCGUCACCGGCCCCUACGGUUUGGUUUUAACCCCUGGUAGUGACUGAGCCGAGCAAUACAGUGUUUGCAAGAUCA